CUCGGCUCGGGCUCGCCUCGCCAUUCCAGUCCUCCUCAGCCGAGGGGCCCUCUGCCCGGGGCCGCCGCGGCUUCCUCCAGCACUGGCCGCGCCAUUUGCUCCACAGCGUACCAUUCUCCCGGCGCUUCCCCUCAGCCGAGCUCUCUUAGGCCGGCAGCUCCUUGGCGGCUGCUGGCUCGGCCUGUCUCGGACGGUGUCCUCGUCAACCAUUAACACGCGACGAAGCAGCUCUGGGCCGAAGGCAAAAACCAGGGUUUCGCUCCCCACCCUGCCGUCGCCGGGUCGUCUUGGACAAACCACUUAAGAAUUCGGGUUCUCUCUUUGGCAAAAGGGCAAUAACCCAAAUCCUGUAGGUCCUCGAGAGCCUACCGAAUUUUACUCCUUUUGUCCUUAGUAUCGAGCUUUCCCUGUGCCUCGUUCACGUGGGCGAUCAUAAGUCUUUUCCUACAGGGCUGUGAGUACAAAAUGAAAUGCUACGAAGUCGAAUCCAUACUUUGCUUCCCAUUUUUUUCCCUUUAGGUCCUUCUUUUUUUAACCCCAAGCCCAAAGAAUAAUUAUUUUUCUUUUUUAACCCGAAGCCCAAAGAAUAAUUUAUGAAAUGUUUUAAGGGUUUGAUUACCAACCAACCAACCAGCUAUCCAAGCCCUCUGUACUCCCACCCCCAUCCCCCCACACAAAAUUGAAUCCAAAAGAACGAGUGAGACACCCAGCAGGAGUACACAGAUAAUGUGGGACAGAGCUGUUGAGGGGUGGGAGUCAGGGGUGGAGAUUACCUGUUAAAAAAGAGAAGGUGGAACAGAGAAGAUAGGUGUGUCUUUUCACGUGUGAAUGAUCAUUACAAAGUAUAGGACUGCAUACAAUAUUUUGGCUCAAUAGUGGCCAUAAGCACAGUAAUGCGAUAGCAAGGCUGGCUCCAGUCAUUGGAGUAGCGCCUAGCAACCAGUCACCCAGAGAAGAACAUGGUGACCUGCUCUUGAGAACAUUUGGCUUGCUAAGGCUCAUCUAGGAAUCUACACUGAAUGAGGAAAUUGAAGCAAUGGCAGCCAUUUAUGGGGAGGAAUGGUGUGUCAUUGAUGACUGUGCCAAAAUAUUUUGUAUUAGAAUUAGCGACGACAUAGAUGACCCCAAAUGGACACUUUGCUUGCAGGUGAUGCUGCCAGAUGAAUACCCAGGUACAGCUCCACCUAUCUAUCAGUUGAAUGCUCCUUGGCUUAAAGGGCAAGAACGUGCGGAUUUAUCAAAUAGCCUUGAAGAAAUAUAUAUACAGAAUAUCGGUGAAAGUAUUCUUUACCUGUGGGUGGAGAAAAUAAGAGAUGUUCUAAUACAAAAAUCUCAGAUGACAGAACCAGGCCCAGAUGUAAAGAAGAAAACUGAAGAGGAAGAUGUUGAAUGUGAAGAUGAUCUCAUUUUAGCAUGUCAGCCAGAAAGUUCGGUUAAAGCAUUGGAUUUUGAUAUCAGUGAAAAUCGGACAGAAGUAGAAGAAUUACCUCCGAUUGAUCAUGGCAUUCCUAUUACAGACCGAAGAAGUACUUUUCAGGCACACUUGGCUCCAGUAGUUUGUCCCAAACAGGUGAAAAUGGUUCUUUCCAAAUUGUAUGAGAAUAAGAAAAUAGCUAGUGCCACCCACAACAUCUAUGCCUACAGAAUAUAUUGUGAGGAUAAACAGACCUUCUUACAGGAUUGUGAGGAUGAUGGGGAAACAGCAGCUGGCGGGCGUCUUCUUCAUCUCAUGGAGAUUUUGAAUGUGAAGAAUGUCAUGGUGGUAGUAUCACGCUGGUAUGGAGGGAUUCUGCUAGGACCAGAUCGCUUUAAACAUAUCAACAACUGUGCCAGAAACAUACUAGUGGAAAAGAACUACACAAAUUCACCUGAGGAGUCAUCUAAGUCUUUGGGAAAGAACAAAAAAGUAAGAAAAGACAAGAAGAGGAAUGAUCAUUAAUACCUGAAACUAUAGGAAAGGUUAAUUUGCCUAUAAUUAUAUAUACAUUCCAUAGUCAUCAUGGAAUAUAUUGUGCAGAGAGAGUAUCCUUGACUGCUCAAGUCAGCCAGUUCAGCAUGGAUACCAACAUUAUCUUUUCUUCUUUGGUUAUAUCAUCUGCCAAAAAUAGAGAACUUAUGAUCUAUUCAUGUGUGUUUCAGGCUUAUUUGGGAGAACUAAUUUGAACUUAAUCACCACUUCAUCUAAUUUUAGGAAGGUAACAGUUGCCCAGGGCAGUACCUGAAUUAACUGUCCAUUUCAGUACAUGUCAAGUGCCUUUGUUAGGUGGAGAAGUAAUGUCUCUAGAGGAAUAUAAAUACCUGAUUUCUUGUCAUUGAGAUUCUUAUACUGUUAAAUGAAUAUUGCCUUUUUACUGCUCUUUAUGGCUUGUUGGAAUAGGAGUUCAUUUAAGAUUGAUCGUGGAGAGUUUCUUCUUGUGAUUUCUUCAUGUCAUCUUCCAUUUUAUAGUGUUCAUCAUUGAGUAAUGGAUUAAGUGAAAAUCCAGGAGUAUCCAUCUGUAGUUAUGUGCUGAGGUGAUAAUUCAUCCAGCUUAUUUGUUAGCAUAAAUAUUAUGCCUCAAUUUCUGUUGCAAAUUGGUGAUUGUGAAAUUUCAAAAAGUGAUUUUCUAGUCUCUGCUUUUUUUGUUUAAUUCUUGUAAGCAAUAAAUAUAGAGCGUCAGUAGUCUCCUUCCACCGCAGAAAUGUGUUGCUGUAACAUUCUGCUUUCUUUUAACAACCGGGAAGUACCUUUCUUGUGAUCUUCAUUGAGGAAUUAGAACUAUGAUAGAAGCGAUGCUGUGGUGAAUGGGACAUUGAUAGAAUGAGAUAGAGGUGGCAGAAUGACCCUGGUGUAGGGCAGGAGUAUGUUGUGUAGUUACAUCAAUUUGAUGCAUGCACUCCAGAUAGCUUUCUCACUUCCAAGAUUUUGCGGAGAGAAGGAGCAAACCUUUUGAUUGGAAAAACAGAAACAACCCUUCCCCUCCCCAUUUUUUUUCCCUCUAUUCUUAUCAAACCUUUAUGUUUCUUUCAUCUUCAAGUUACCUCUGGGCAUUUAGACAAUGAAUUUAACUUUGAGAUAUAACAGUAAGUUAUUAACUGCUCACUUUCAAAUAUAAUUGCAAACAAUUAUUAAAAUUUAUUAACUGAUCACAGAUUUGCCUGGACUUCCCUUCCCAGGGAGGGACCAGAAAUUAGGAGGCAACUUUGGGAUGGUGCUAGAGCAUUGAAGACACAGAGAAUUGGACAAACAGGUCUUUUUCUCUUUUCUCUGAUCUUUUACUUUUAAAACAUCCAACAUCCUUACUGUUGGUAUUUUUAGUAAGGUUAUAGUAAAUAGCUUUACACCAGGAUGGAUUCUGAAAUGCAAACUCUAAAUUAUUUGUUAUAACUAUAUUUAAUGAUAUAUGUUAUCAGGAGUCUGAGCAGAGAAUGACCUUUGUGUAUUUGGAACACUUAAACCUCAGGUUCUAUGAAAAGUAUGUUCUGUGUUUUAACUGUUAAAAUAAUUUAAAAAGUCAGUUAUUUUACAUAAUUAAAGAAGUUAAAAACUAUUAAUUAACAUUAAACAAUUUCAGAAUUUUGGCAUGUCAGACCUGUGAAGGGAGAUAGGAAACAAUGAGAAACUUAUUUUUGCUCCUUUUUACAAAAUUAUUAACUAUUAUUUUACUGACUAAAAAACUCUCAUAUUCCUUACCUAAAGUCAAUUGGCCAGUAACAGGGAGAGAUGCAAAAUUCUCCGGUUCUGAACUUGGAGCUAUUUCACACUCUACCCUUAAUGGAAACUUGAACUAAUGAUAGAUAGUAUUUUUUUCCUCUAUUUAAAAUUUGUCUUGAUUAGGGGAUUUUUCAGUUUUCCACAUAAUAAUUUUGUAAAAUCAGAUCUAUGCUGUGGCAUAUUUUACUUUAUUUAAAACCUUUUUUUUAGAGAUGAGUUCUUGCUCUGUCACCUAAGCUGGAGUGCAGUGGCAUGAUCAUGGCUCACUGCAGCCUUGACCUCCCACCCUGCCAAGUAGCUGGGACUGCAGGCAUAUGCUACCACACCUGGCUAAUUUUUUAAAUUUUUUGUAGAGUUGCAGUCUUACUGUGUUGCUGAGGCUUGUCUUGAAUUCCUGGUCUCAAGCAAUCUCCCUGCCAAUGUGUUGGGAUUACAGGUGUGAACCACCAUGCCUGGCCUGCUUUGAUAUAUUUUAUAGUACAUUAAUUACAAAUAGUCUCCAUAUGCCAGUGUAUAAGAGCAAGUAUUAUCCACUUUUUAGAUGGGAAUUGCAGAAGCUGCAUCAAAAGCAUGCUUUGCGGUACAUAUAAUGAAACUGCCUUUCUGAAGAGAAUUAUAUCAAACUAAUUACAACCAAGAAAUAAUAGUAUGAAGCAGAUACAGUUUGGAGGACAGGAAAAUUUAUUGGGAAAACUGCAUAAUCACCUCUGUUUCUACUAUCCAGAGAUGGCCAUCAUUAUUUAAUAUUUUAUAUGUACAUCCUUAUAUUAUUUUUUCUUAUGCAUGGUUUUGUAUAUAUGGCUAUUUUUCUUUCCAUAAAAAUGGUAUUAAACUGUAUAUACUGUUUUGUAGCCUACAUAUUUCAUAUAGAAGUAAAUUGUUAACAUUUUCCAUGUCAAUAAAUAUUCUUCUAUGUCUUAAAUUU